AUGCCACCUCGAGUGCCGCCCGCUGAUCCGCCCCAAUUUGUCACCGAGCAGCCACCCCAUGACCUCGAGCAUUUGCUCGGGUUGCGGGCUUUGCGUAAUGAUAUGCUGUAUGCGGCCUGCUUGGUCGUCGUGGAGGGCGGCCAGAUUCCCGAGACCCCAGCGGAAGGCAUCCGACUGGCCGCCGCCCAGCUUCUAAUCGCUGGAUCAUGGUUGUACAGCCUCUUCGGCGCUGCCAAUGAGCGCAAUGGGGUCCUGCUGGAGUUUGAUGUCCUCGAGGUGAUGGACCUGGCUGACAGCCACAUGCAGGUUUAUCGUAAUGCGGCCCCCCAGCUGAACUACUAUGCCCAGCCGGAGUACUUCGACGGCGAAGACCCUAAUGAUCCCAUCGCCGCCAACGAAUCUGAUGGUGACUACACACGAAUGGAGCAGACGAAUAAA